GGCCCCUUUCAGCCGCUCCCCCGCCUCCUGGCUCCUCCCCGACCCUCCGCUACUGCCGGUCCGCUGUGCCGCGUUUGCUCUUCGUUGCGCUCCAGACAACAAGGAACAGCAAUAUCUUCCUGCAAAGUGUUACUUGUUUGAUAAGUUUGGGCAGAACUAAGUUUACUCAACUCUGCUAUGAAGAAGUGACCAAGAAAGGAUGCAACAUAAAACAGAAGUCAUGCAGACUUAGUCACCAGUUUUGAUGAGCUACUUACUGUUCAGUCUUUACGUCCAAACACUUGAAUUGUUUCAGUACUGCUGACAAAGGAAAGAUGACCUCUACUGUAAAUCCACCACCGUACUAUGAAAAUCAUGGCUUCCAUGCAGAAAACUACUAUUCUGCCAGGCCACAAGUAGGUGCUAACCCAUAUCCACAGUACUUUUCUACAAAUGUUCCAUCAGUGCCAACCUAUAUCCCAAGAGUUUCAACCCAUCAGUCAAGCAUUCCAGUAGCACCUUCAUCCAGUUCAUCCAGGACGUGUUCAUCAAGUAUAAAAAAAGUCAUAAUAAUUAUAUUAUCCAUUUUAGUAGUCAUUGGUUGUGCAAUUGCUGCUUUCUUCAUCUGGUACUUUGUUGAGAAUCGUUGUCUUGGAUCCUUAAUAGAGUGUGGAUCUUCAGGAGUGUGCAUUUCUCCCUCACAGUGGUGUGAUGGAGUGUCUGACUGCCCAAAUGGGGAGGAUGAAAACCGUUGUGUUAGACUUUAUGGACCAAACUUCAUCCUUGAAGUUUAUUCACCCAUCAGCCAAACCUGGUACCCUGUUUGUCAGGAUGACUGGACUGAUGAUUUUGGAAAGAUCGCAUGUCAAGACAUGGGCUACAAUGUAGAUACGUAUUACUAUAGUCAAGGAGUAGCAGCUGAAGCCACCUAUAAAAGCUUUAUGAAGCUAAACACGAGUGCGGGGAAUACAGACUUGUACAAAAGGCUGCAAAGCAGUGAUUACUGUGCAUCAGGAAAUGUGGUUUCUCUGCGCUGCAUAGAGUGCGGCCUGCCCACUAAAAGCACAGCCGUCAUGAGCAGGAUUGUGGGUGGCAGCACGGCGGCACUGGGGCAGUGGCCGUGGCAGGUGAGCCUCCAUGUGCAGGACACACACGUCUGUGGAGGCUCCAUCAUCACCCGUGAGUGGCUGGUGACAGCAGCCCACUGUGUGGAGGGACAAUUUUCUGACCACUACAUCUGGACCGUUUAUGCUGGGAUUCUGAACCAGAACGAGAUGCACUCAAGGCCUGGAUACAGAGUGCAAAAAAUAAUUUCCCAUCCAAAUUAUGAUACAGAUUCUAAAGACAAUGACGUUGCCCUUAUGAAGUUAGAUACACCGCUGACUUUUACUGAUAAUGUACGGCCAGUUUGUCUGCCUAACCCAGGAAUGAUGUUCCACCCUAAUCAGCAGUGCUGGAUAUCUGGGUGGGGAGCAGAGGUCCAAGGAGGUAAAACAGCAAAUGAGUUGAAUUAUGUCAUGGUACCCUUAAUAGAACAAUCUCUGUGUAAUUCUGUCUAUGUCUAUGAUGGCAUAGUCUUGCCUACAAUGGUCUGUGCUGGAUAUUUACAUGGAGGAAUUGAUUCUUGUCAGGGUGACAGCGGAGGUCCUCUGGUAACAAACAAAAGCUCGGUGUGGUGGUUGGUUGGAGAUACCAGCUGGGGAACUGGCUGUGCUAGUCCCAAUAGGCCUGGAGUUUAUGGAAAUAUGACGGUGUUUACAGACUGGAUUUAUAAAAAUAUGCAGGCCAACAGAUGACAACGCCAUUUCUCAUUCAGCAUUUCUGAGAACAAGA